AUGGUGCGUCGUUUCGACAAAGCUCGUGCUAUCAUAGAUAGUGACGUUAACAAAUUUAUGGAAUUUUUAUGGUGUCCAUCAAAGCUUAUCGGCACAAUGUGUCCAGAAAAUUCACUGACUUACUAUUAUAGUUGUUGUGGUGAGCUCAGAAAUAAAUGUUGCUAUAAUACUCGCACAUGGGUUUUGGUUGCCAGUAUUGCAGUCCCAUUUAUCAUUCUAAUUGCGAUAAUUAUCGUGCUUAUUCGUAAAUUUUGCGUUAAAAGAAAUGAUGAAUACAUACCAGGACAACGGCAAAUGUCUGAACAACCACAAAAAAAUUAUUUAAUCGGUCGAAGGCCGUAA